AUGGCAAAAGUAAAAGCAUUCCCAAACACCCUCUCCGUCCCCAGUCAUCUUCUAUGAUCGCAUAUUUCUCUUCGAUUAUUGCAGAUGGAAAAAGGGAAAGUCUGAGUCGCCAACAGAAAGAUGCUGAAGCAAACUGGAAGUCUCAAAAAGCAUGGGAAGAGGCCCAAGCCCCUUUCAAGCAGCUGCUUAUGAUGGCGUUUAUGAUGUGGAUGUCUGGAAGCACAGUCCAUUUGUUUAGCAUUAGCAUUACGUUUUCAGCUCUUUGGCAGCCAUUAAGUGCUCUUCAAGGAGUUGGGAAGGUUUUUGAACCUUUCAAGGAUAACAAAGUAGACCUUCUUGCACCCAAAUUGUUAUUCAUUUCCCUGAAUUUAGGAGGUAUGUUGCUUGGUGUAUGGAAGUUAAACACAUUGGGGCUUCUUCCAAUUCAUGCUUGA